AGAAGAGAAGAGAAGAGCAGAGUGAUCAAAAACAGUAAUGGAGGAAGCCGCGAAUGGCACGAGCGAAACCGCGGAAAAACCGUUAGAAGACGUAGUGCAGGCUUUGCCUUCCGACGCCGUGAAGUACUUGUUGUCUCUCGGGAUAUGUGUUCGCUGCAUCUUUCGGGUGUUUGGUGUGCAAGGUCGCAUCUAUGCUUCCUCGUUAUCAUCAUCUAUCUUCGCUUCUAUUGUUGAAGUUGAACAAGGAGCAACAACGGAUAAGGAAGUUAAACUUUGCAGGGUUUGCUUAGGGAUUCUGCAGUUCAGAUUUUUUAAUGACAGAGAAAUCUUGCCCAAAAAUGAUGAUGAUAUGGCUGUUCUAAUUGCUGACAUGGUUAAAAAAGAGGGCUAUCAGGUUGAUAGCUUUUCCCUUGAAGUUUCCAUCCCACCCAUUAUCAUUGAAAACGAUACCUCUCUUUGGUCAUAUAUGAAAACGAAAUAUGAAUCUCAACCUUGGUUCCAAGAAAAGUUGCAUGUUGGAUGCAUCUCUAUAAAGGAUGCCUUAAAAUUUUCUUUAGUAUAUCCUCUUGAAAAUCUUCUGGACUGUAAAUCGAGUAUGAGCUCUUUCCGCAUCCGUUUGACAUACAAUCACACUAGAGCGUCAAAAGGGGCAGAGAAAUGUUCUGAUAAUGCCGAGAUUUGCAAGAAAAGAAAAACAGGUGAAUUCAAUUCAGUUGGAGAAAGUACUACUGGAAGUUUGCUCGAAAAUGAAUCCCCUGACUGCUGUAAAUUCUUGCUAGAAACGGCAAAUGAACCUUGCCAUUUUACUUACGUUUGCUACAGGACACCUUUCUAUUUUGGUGGAAGAUACCUGAAGUAUUCCCGGAAUGUGAGUCAAACACGCUGGAUCAUUGAUGAUGAAAGAAUGGGGGAAUCAUCAGUUGAGGAACUAAUUGGUGGAAAAAUCCUGCAAGCAUGCCAAGGCGAUAGUUUUAAGUUUCAUGCUGCUGGCAGAGAAGAUAUUGAUGUCCGAAUGUUGGGCCCAGGCAGGCCUUUCCUUGUUGAGGUGCAAAACACACGGCAUGUCCCAUCUGAAUUGUUUGUAAAAGAUAUUGAGAAAAUGAUAAAUAACACGGAGAGUAAAUUGGUUAGGGUGAAAAAUCUGAAACUUGUUGGUAGUCAUGGCUGGAACCUUAUGCGUGAAGGCGAAGCAGAGAAGCAGAAGCAAUAUGCUGCUUUAGUGUGGAUUUCUCGUCCUCUGAAGGAUGAAGAUUUUCAAUGUGUGUCUUCACUAAAGGAUUUGAAAGUUUUGCAGAGGACCCCAAUAAGGGUGCUACACCGUCGCAGUCCUUUAGAGCGUGAAAAGAUUAUUCAUUGGAUGAAAAUUGAGACAAUUGCUGGAAGUUCACAAUAUUUUCUUUUGCAUCUCUGUACGCAGGCGGGGACCUACAUUAAGGAAUUUGUUCAUGGGGAUCUUGGACGAACCCAUCCUAGCAUUGGAUCAAUUUUGGGUUGUAGAGCUGAAAUUUUGCAACUUGAUGUCACAGAUAUCAAAAUGGAAUGUUUCCUGACUUAGUAAGGUUAUCUGAUAAUCCGGUUUCAAAUCCUGGUUGACUUACAUAGUAGUGAACGGUGCAUUGAUGAAAGACGCGUGCAUCUUCAACUUUUGCUAAUUUUUCUAGUAAACUAGAAGGUAUUCCCAGUGCUGUACCCUUUCGUACAGACAAGCCUCUUAUUUCGGUAGCCCUUUGUGCACUCGAGCAAUCUGGAAGAAGUCUAAAAGCGGUUAUAGUUUUAUUCAGGUGAUUGGGAAUUAGAUGUUGUAUAAUAACAGAUCCCUGGAUUGGCUACUUCCUCUGCUAUGAUCUUGGAUGGCUCUAAUGUUUUUCAGAUGGCUUCCCAUUGAACCAGAAAUUCAUCCUGCUGUUUCAACUUUAUACAGUUAUGAUUCACUCAGAUUGUACUAAAAGAUCGUGGGUGCAUUUGGAUUAGUUUAAAAAAUA